AUGCCAACCAUAUCUUCCGGGAACCACUGCCGAGAAGAUUCUCUCCCUCUCCCUCCACUCCUGCCGGACCCUUUCUCUCCUACUCACACUUCCACCCUCACCCGCACCCCCUCGUCUUCCUCUUCCGUCAUCAUUUCUCCGACGAGUACCACCACCACCUGCUCCUCACGCCCUCGUCCCUCCUUUGCCGCCUUGGCCCGUGGGAAACCCUCCAGCACUUUCGCCAGUUUCUCGGCCUCACAGAAGCCUCCACUGCCAGUGACCCCACCACUGUCCGCCAAAAGCCCCAGCAGUGAUCAGUUGUCCUUUGAUACUUCGCGUGCCUCCUCCCCGGCGCCAGCGGAACAGUACCCUGGGCGUCGCCAGACCCUCUCGCGCCUUCCGACACCUCCCCAGGACAGCCGUCCAGCCCAGCCGGCUCUACCCUCCAAAAUGCAUCAAACCUCAUCCCGCUUGUUGCGCAUGACCGAAGAUGACCGUCCUUUCACCAAGGAUUUCAUGGACCUCUUCUCCACCCUCAUGGUCAGCUUGAAGUUGGAUUCACACCGUGUUCGUUUUACCCGAUAUGACCACACUUUCACCUCAGAAGAGGCCAUCAACAACCUGGGCUCGCUCAAGUUCUCCCAAUCCAACCGAAUGCCCGAUCCCAAGGACCCGUCUCGCAUUGUCACCACCACCACGACCACCACUUUCUCCAUGGCCAAGGAAAUGGCCCGCUCCGUUUGCCAACGCUUCCUUGAUGCCCGGUUCAUCGAGACCGUGGAUGGCAAGCUGACCAUGGUCUUCCCGCUCAAGGGCGCCCUGUUCCAGCUCACGCCCAAGGGUAUCAACAUCCUGCAGCGUUUCUGCCAGCGCAAUGGUAUCACUGCGCGCCACGUCAUGUCAGUCCUGGAGUCACCACGCAACACGAUGCAGUUGGUUACCCUGGAGCGCGAUGUCGAGACCGACAAGCUGUCACCUGAUCGCGCCACGAUGGAGGUGAUCUUCCGCCGCUUCGCCGGCCAGGAUGGUCCCAACAUCAAGAGCAGCAUUUCGACCUCGGACUCGGAUUCGCUGACCGAUUACGUCAACGGUAUGGUGGGUGUGAAGAUGGCGCGCGAACGGAAGCUGCAGGAUGGCAAGAUCUACACCAACACGUUUAUCGGCAAGGCUGCGGUGGAUUGGCUGAUGGAUUGCUCAACCACCAUCGAUCGCCGGGAAACGUGCCUGAUUGCCGAACUCUUUGUCAAGUACGGCUUGAUCACAAUGAUUCAGGAUGACAAGUCAUUCCCCGAUUCCGGGAAUGCUGUUUUCCAGCCCUCUAAAUACUCGGUCUACGGCAUCACCGAACGUGGCCAGCGCGUGUGCGGGUGGAUUGCUCGUGACAAGAGCCGCGAUACCAACAGUGGCUACGACAACCGAGGAAUCCCGCGCGACUCGAACAACUCCCGUCUGACGCAUAUCCUCCAAGACCCGGCUCUUCGCCUUCUUUUCCGGGAAUUUCUCCGCUACUCGCUGUGUGAGGAGAAUCUGUCUUUCUAUAUCGACGUGUCGGAGUUCACGGCCAACUACCACAAGGCGGAGAAGAUUGGUACAUUCAACAAGGUGGACUCGGUCCGAGAAACCCUAGCCGCAGCCUAUGGCUUGUACAACGCUUUCCUGGCCCCUGGGUCGCCUUGCGAGUUGAACAUCGACCAUGCUUUGCGCAACAGCCUGGCUGGUCGUAUGACCAAGGCCGUGGGAGAUGACGAGUCGAUGUUCAAGAGUCUCCAGGAGGUCGUGAAUCUGUUCGAGCUUGCCCAGAACUCGGUCUUCAAGUUGAUGGCUAGCGACUCUGUACCGAAGUUUAUGCGCGAUCCCAAGUACGCCGUUGUCCUCCAGGAACACGACGUGGAUAUCUCCUCUGCUCGCUCAUACUCGCCCACUCAGGGCCUCCCGGAGCGUACCAUGAGCCGGUCGGCCCGGGCGUGA